GUUACAUCUAGUUACCCAUAUCAUUAAAGGAGUGGACGUAUUCGGUAAUAAACACACACUCAAUUUUGGAGUAGGUGAUUGCUAUUUAGUAGCUUAUUUGAGAAAAACUGUUUUGUUUUAAUUAAUUGUUGUUAACCCUGGGAACUCCAACAUAGCAGGUGGCGGUAAUGCGCCUUAACGGUCCUCGCCAGUCGCCAUUUUAAAAGAAGAAGAACAACAACAACAACAAGAGGAACCAAAGUGGUUAGGAUAAGGGUGAUGUUAACGUUGGGUCAGGGAAAUUUCCGCGAAAUCUCUCACGUGUAAUUUGGGUGCAACUAUCUAAAAUGGAACACUCUACAGAAGACUUCAGGAUCCAGGCAUUGGACAAGGACACACAGUUGUUGCUGAAAACAGCCUUGAAAGAUCCCAGUUUAGUGAAUCUGGAGAAGGUUUCCAACAUCAUUGUGGACCAGUCUUUGAAGGACCAGGUGUUCAGCAAAGAGGCUGGACGUAUUUGCUUCACCAUUGCGCAGGCUGAGGCCAAGCAGAGCAGUGGAAACGUGUUCAGGAGAAACCUGUUGAACCGACUCCAGCAGGAGUUCAAGGUCCGUGAGGAGACCAGGGGGCGCUCACUGCAAGAGUGGGUGUGCUAUGUCACGUUCAUCUGUAACAUCUUCGACUACCUCAAAGUGAACAACAUGCCGAUGGUGGCCCUUGUCCAUCCUGUGUAUGACUGUCUGAUGAGACUAGCUCAUCCAGAUGCUCUAAAGAAUGAAGAAGAGGUGGACUGCCUGGUGCUGCAGCUGCAUCGCAUCGGAGAGCAGCUGGAGAAGAUGAACAGCCAGGGGAUGGACGAGCUGUUCUUCCUGCUGCGGGAUGGCUUCCUGCUCCAAGAGGGCCUUACCUCCAUGACUCGUCUGCUGCUGCUGGAGAUCCUGGAGUUCAGGGCCGGAGGAUGGAUGCUCAGCAGCACCGCCCACAAGUACUACUACAGUGAAAUUGCAGACUAGGUCGGUCUAAAGAUAAGAGUGCUGAGCAGCUGGAUUACAGCUGAGGUAGGGCGCCUGUUUGUCACCAGCAGUUUCAUGAUGAACAGCGACAUCUUACAGAUAAUUAUUGGAGGGUUUUGUGAAGAUGGUUCAUAAUCUGUAAAAAGACUGCUAGAGGGGCUAAAGAUGUUUUUUUUCUGACAUUCCAGUUUUUAGAGUUCCAUCUUAUUUUUACCAAAUCUAAAGGGACUGGAACUAUUCCAGUCAGAUGCAAGGUGAUUUGGUCUUUGCUUUUCCUUCAUUUUUGUGACCAAUUUUUUUAAUGAGUUAAAAAAAAAUAAGAUUUUAGUAUGUUUAAAUAUUUGUGUAGAAUUGAUAUAUUUUCAAAAUAUUUUAACUGCAGUUCUGAGGAAUGUUCUGGAUAAUUUUUCUUGUUGGAUUCCCAUGUUACUGAUUUUCUUUAUCGCUUGUUAUGUGAGACCAAUUUGUCAGAGGAACGUUGUGGCUUAAUUCAGGGAUUUUCUGUUCUUUUUUGGCUCGGGGCUACAUUUAGAAAUAAAAGCCCUGCUGGGUUACAGUUAACAUCCAAAUUGUUUCUACAGAUAAAUCGGUCAGAUAUUGAAUUAUUUGGAUUCACUGGUUUCAUUUGUUAAGCAGGUCAUGCUAAUGUAACAUGCAGCACAUCAGGCUGACUUAAUAAAACCUAAACUCUUCAUUUGUAGUCACAGUGCUAGAGGAGACACUGUUUUCCCUCCCUUGAUGUGAUGAUGCACAGGUCAUCUGAGUAGAAAAGUAGGAUGAAAGUAUUUUGGAUUUGAUGCGAGUCUGCACUAGCACUAGCUAUGUAGCUCUGUGUAACUCCAAUACCUUUGAUUGCUCUGUGAUGGCUCUGAAGUCUUCAACCAAAGCUGUGCCUUGAAAAGAGAUGGACUAAAGAUUUGUUGUGAAUAUUACUUUUUUUUUUUUUUUUUUUUUAAUGUCAUGUCUUAAAACAUGUACCUGUAAAAAGUAAAUAGGCUAAAUAUUAAUUUUACUUUGGCAGCCAAAUCAACCAAAUCAACAUCCUUGUGAUUUCAGAAAAUCGUCAAUGUACAAAAUGAUUUACUUUAAAGCUUUUUAAAGCUAUGAGACACAUUCAUUACGCUGAAUCCUUGGCAAGAUUUUAGAAAAAAUGUAUUUCCCACUAUCCUUAUUUCUAGUGUGAGGAUUCUUAUAAACUUUGGUAUUUGUUACUACAGUCAGACCAAGUUGAAACAAAUUUAGGACAAAUAGAUGAAAUAAUCUGGCUGAUAUUAAGGACUUUGUGCAAUAUUCCUUUAUGACAGGGUACACACCUGACCUGACUGCAAUAUGUUUAUAUUUUAUUACAGCAUUGCAACAGUUUUACAUCAUUUAUUUUUAUGGUUGUGCAUUUCUUACAUAUUUGUUCUAAUAAAUUGAGUUCUUUUCUUAA